UAAAAUUACAAAAAGCAGAAAUUCCCCUGUGAUACUAAGGAGUAUUACAAAGUACAAAGGGGAAUUCAUGUGUACUUUCCGUUUUCUGCUUAUUUCAACAGGGGACUGUCAGAGGACGUGACUGUAACUAGGGAUUGCUUUCUACAUUAGUUUCUCAACUUGGUCAGUUACUUUAAGUUUUCUCGUAGAUACGGCUCUUACCAUUUUUUCUUUGUAAGCAGCCCAUUUCUCUACAUUUUCACUGGAUUAACAUUUUUGGAAAAAACGUAUCCAGACUUAAAGCGCAGUCUCCAACAUGAAUGACUAUGGCUACCCAAAGAUUAUCUGCAAUGAUGUACCAGAGAGAAAAUAUCUUUGUUGCCACUGCGAAAACAUCUUGAGGAAAGCAGUGCAGACGAUGUGCGGUCACAGGUACUGCGCUCAGUGCUUGUCUCGACUGGCCAGUAGCACAAACCGGACUAUAUGUCCAAAAUGCCGGGAAGGAGAAGACCCUUCAUCUCUGUCAGAAGAAUGCGUGUUAAUAGAAGAAAAGUCCUUCAGCGACGUAGCCAUUAACAAAGAGAUCUCGGAAUUAAAAGUUCACUGCGCAACCUCGGAAUGCACAUGGGCCGGGGUAUUGAAGGACUAUGAUGAUCACAGGAAUCUUUGUGAUUACACCGAAAUCCAGUGUCACACUGGCUGUGGUCAAAUGGUCAGACGAAAACAUCUUGCCGACCACUUGGAAAAUGAAUGUCCAAACAAUAAAACCAACUUGUGUCCAAAAUGUUCUCAGAGGAUUCGCCCUAACGAGUUGCCAAGACACGUGUGUCCAAAAAGGGGAUCAGAAGGUCAGAAAACAGGAAAGAAUGGGCUUGGCUCUGGAAAAGAGACGUGUGUUUUUUCUCAAGUCGGAUGCUCGUAUCGGGGAACCAAAGAGAAGUUAAAGGAACAUGAAAAGUCCUCGAGCUCAGUACACCUCGCAUUGCUACUUUCUGUAGUGGCAGAACAGGGAAGCAAGAAACAAAAGGAUACCUCUCAUCAGCAAUCAGAUGAGCUAGAACAAAGAAUUAAAGUAACCGAGAAUAUUCUCACCGUGUUGAACAGAGAGAUGGAAAACAUGCAUGCACAGCUCGCGUCCGAGAGGGAGCAAAACGAGGUCAGGCAGAGAAAAAUGAGAGCUAUGGAGCACAAGAUUGACAGCUAUCACCAAGCGCUGGCAGUGAAGAAUGUCCAGAUAAACGAGCUUAGCCUACGUCUGCAGGCACUUGAGCAAGCAACGUAUGACGGGGUGCUUGUAUGGAGAAUUACAAAUCUAACUCAGAGGUGUCAGGAUGCUAUAAAUGGACAAUCCACCAGUCUGUACUCUCCAGCAUUCUACUCUACGAAGUACGGCUAUAAAGCGUGUCUGAGGAUUUAUUUAAAUGGAGACGGAGCAGGAAGGGGUACUCAUGUCUCUCUUUUCUUCGCCGUCAUGAAGGGGGAAUAUGAUGCUUUUCUAUUUUGGCCUUUCAAGCACAAGGUCACUUUCAUGCUCCUAGACCAGAGCAAUCGAGAGCACAUACUUGACGCCUUCCGGCCCGAUUACACGUCUGCCUCAUUUCAGCGACCUGUAGCAGACAUGAACAUUGCCAGUGGUUGCCCUUUGUUCUGCCCUCUCGCCAAACUUCACUCACCCACAUAUAACUAUGUUAAAGAGGACACCAUGUUCAUCCGGUGUAUAAUAGAGUCCAACCCCUAGAUUACUACAAAACAACAUAGGUCAUGUUAUUGGUGGUACAUUGUCACCAGACGAAAACUGGAAACCCAACAAACAUGUAGGAAAUAAUAUAUUAUAGUUUGUACAUAUAUUUAAUUUUUGUUUUGUCGUGUCAUGUGAUUGUCUAGAUUACGUUUACUUCAUUGUCCUCUUACGAAGAUGAAGCUGUAACACAGUUGGUAAUAACAUUAACUGAUUAGGACUGUUACUGUGACGUCUUGCCUGUGUCAUCUGCUGCUUACAGUAAUAUUUAUCAAGUGACUUUAUUUCCUCCUGCUGCAAGGGUAUCCAAAAUACAUACAAUGUUCUAAGGUACAAGUAUGGUAUUAUUGUCUUUUGUUAUUAUUAUCUAUUGUCCGUGUUAUAAAGAAUAAAGUUGUGAUUAUA